CGACUCCUUUCUCUUCGGGACCCCCCCCCCCCCCUCUUGCCCCGCUUCCUCCCAGCUUCUCGCCCUGAGUCCUGUCGGGAGCUGCCCGCCGGGCAGCGCGUCCAGGAAAACAUCCGAGACUGGGAGUACAGAAAAAAAAGAAGCGGGAAUUUUGCGGAGAUUUUUUUCCCUGUUGUUGUUUUUGUGGGGGUUUUUUGUUUGUUUGUUUGUUUCGUUGGUUGGUUUUUUCCUUUCAGUUUACGGGAACUUUCUCUUACUCGCUGUGUCUCUUCCCCCCCACAUAGCCCCAUGAUCUCCCGCGAGGGACGGCGUGUCCCCUCUGCUUCCUUUUUAACCCUCUCUCCUUCCACUCCCUCCGUGCCUGCCGAUCGCGAUAGUCCUUCCUGGGUGUCUCGGGACCCGCGUUUCCUUUUGCCCCAGUUUCCCGAGCCCCGAUGGUGGAGUUGCCGGGUGGGUCGGGGGCAAAGGAAUGGGGUGCGAGAUGCACCCCUUUCCUUUUUUCCGAGUCACCGGCCACCCUCGCGGAAAUAGUGACGCCCUAAGCGGAGGUUUCUGUGUAGGAGGAGGAUGUGGGCAUCCAGGAUCAGCGCUGCUCCGGGGCGAGGGUCGCCGGCUCUUCGGAGCAAUGGAGACCCGCUGUACGCUGCCGCAGCUCGGGAUUCCUCUCCCAGGAUCGGACCCGCUGGGUUCCGGCCGGCGCGGCCUCGCUCCGCUCCCGGGACGGAGCGCACAAACCGCGGCGGAAGCGCGGGGGGACGCGGAGGGGGACCUACCCUCUCCGGAGGGAAAAUGCUCCCGGCAGAGAAAAGGACCUCAGCGGACUCAGAACAGAGCACUGGGUCAGACACAGAGGUGCUGGCAGAAAGGACAUCCUGCUCAUUUGGCUCCCAUUCUGACCUUACGUCUGGUGCCUCAGGCCCUCAGCCUCCUCCACCUUCAUCCAUGGAAGAGAUCCAGGUAGAGUUGCAGUGUGCAGACCUCUGGAAAAGAUUUCAUGACAUUGGGACAGAGAUGAUCAUCACGAAAGCAGGCAGGAGAAUGUUUCCAGCCAUGAGGGUGAAAAUUACAGGCUUAGAUCCCCACCAGCAGUAUUAUAUUGCCAUGGACAUUGUCCCUGUGGAUAACAAGAGAUACAGGUAUGUGUACCACAGCUCCAAGUGGAUGGUGGCUGGCAAUGCUGACUCCCCAGUGCCCCCAAGGGUUUACAUCCACCCUGACUCCCUGGCUUCUGGAGACACCUGGAUGAGGCAGGUGGUCAGUUUUGACAAGCUCAAGCUGACCAACAACGAGCUUGAUGAUCAAGGCCAUAUAAUCUUACAUUCAAUGCAUAAGUAUCAGCCUCGUGUUCAUGUCAUCCGCAAGGAUUUCAGCAGUGAUCUUUCUCCUACAAAGCCAGUUCCUUCAGGAGAUGGCGUGAAAACCUUCAACUUCCCUGAGACUGUUUUCACCACAGUGACAGCCUACCAAAACCAACAGAUCACCAGAUUAAAAAUUGACAGAAACCCCUUUGCCAAAGGUUUCAGAGAUUCUGGGAGAAACAGGACGGGGCUGGAGGCCAUCAUGGAGACCUAUGCCUUUUGGAGGCCCCUACGCACUCUCACCUUUGAAGAUUUCACUACCAUGCAGAAACAGCAAGGAGGCAGCACAGGAACAUCCCCGACCACCUCCAGCACGGGGACCCCAUCACCAUCCGCUUCUUCUCACCUUCUCUCUCCAUCCUGCUCUCCUCCAGCCUUCCAUCUGGCCCCCAACACUUUCAAUGUUGGCUGCCGGGAGAGUCAGCUUUGCAACCUCAACCUGUCUGAUUAUCCUCCUUGUGCCAGAAGCAACAUGGCAGCACUGCAGAGCUACCCAGGGCUGAGCGAUGGGGGCUACAACCGGCUGCAGAGCAGUACUGCUUCUGCCUCGCAGCCCUCCGAAACCUUCAUGCCUCAGAGGACUCCCUCCUUGAUCUCAGGAAUGCCGGCUCCUUCCUCCCUGCCCAGCAACAGCAAGAUGGAGGCGUACAGUGGCCAGCUGGGAUCUUUCCCCAGCUCCCAGUUUCAGUAUGUCAUGCAAGCAGGCAACCCUGCCUCCACCUCCUCCUCUUCACACAUGUUUGGUGGUGGCCACAUGCAGCAGAGCUCCUACAAUGCCUUCUCCCUGCACAAUCCCUACAACCUCUAUGGAUACAAUUUCCCUGCUUCCCCCAGGCUGGCGGCAAGCCCAGAGAAACUCACCACCUCCCAAAGCACUUUACUCUGCUCUUCCCCCUCCAGUGGGGCCUUUGGAGAGAGGCAAUACCUUUCCACAGGGAUGGAUCACGGGAUGCACAUGAUCAGCCCUCCCUCCAGCAACCAGCAGACGGCUGCUGCCUGUGACAACAGGCAGUACGGAGCAGUUCAGGGCUCCUCCUCACAGAUGUCUGUGCACAUGGUCUAACAAGCCUUGCCUCUCCUUGGCAUUGAAGGCAGCCGGACCUUCAUCGUUCCCAGGGGUGAACCCAUCCCAGUACUCUUUUGCCUUCAAACUUAUAGUGGAACUAGUAUUGUAACGAUAAACAAGAACAUAAGCCAUGUAGGUGCAUGCCCCAGAACCUUCUGGAGAGCCUCGACUGACAGCCAUCGCAGUUUGUUGUAGCCCAGGGCCUCCAGACUGGCACGGAGCAUCUGCUUUUUCUGGACAUUGCAGAGAAGAGGGCAUGACUUUAACGAGGAGCUGGAGAGAAGCAGCGGAUUUUACUGUUUUAUGCAUUAACUUUAGGCAGUGUGAGCUUUCAGCGUGGAGGGAUCCAUUCCCUGUGCUGUCUCCUCCAAGUGUUGAAGGACAGUCUCCCAGAGCUUCAUCCUCUGAAGCUGCACUGCCCAAGGCUCUAAAGACCUCCCCGUUCCCAGACAGUUCCUCACUGCCAGAGUGGCUCAGCCCAUUUCUGGAACCAGCCAGGCCUGUGGGUCUUUCUUCCACUGUUGCACAGAAACGGUGCUGCUGGGCUGGAACUUCUUCUGAAGAGGUUUCUCAUUUUUACCAUGGCCCUGCCCAACUGGCUGUUUCUUUAUGGAGGUUGAGCUCAACAGCACCCAACCUGCAGAUGGAGAUGGGAGAAAGAGGAGAGAAAAGUUUUAGCUCACAAAUGAGCCUCAGACAGAAGCGGGGAUGGAACUUUGGGAAGGUGAAUGGGGGGAAGGGGCUCAGCUCCUGUUGGCUUGACUGGAAGUAACGCAGCGAAACGGAGUGGAUGACAGCCUUUGUGGGGAAUGUGUGUCUCCCACAGCACUCAUCCCAGUGGGAAGAAACUGUCCAGACUGAGCUCAUGGGGAAGAGUGAUGAGAAAAGAGAGCUCUACAGGAGUGCAGCUGACCUUGCAUGUGAGAGUUGCCGUAGAAAACCAUUAGCAUUUCAGAAACAGUGAGGUUGAGUAUUUGCCAACCUUCCACCUGCCACAUGGUCUCUGUUUAAUCAAAUAGAUCAUUGCCUUUUAACAUCUUCCUUUUCUGUUUUUUCCCCUUGUUCUUUUUUUUUUUUCUUUUUUCUCUUCAAAUCCUUUAAAAAUAAGAAAACAAUUGUAGCUUGGUGCAAGCUAUGCAUUUAAGUUGUGUGAAAAUGCAAAUACCAAGUAACAGAAUACAGAUAUUAUUGAGAGUUGUUGUGAGGUGUUGUAGAUAAAUGUAUUUAUAUGCCUAGUGGGGAAUUCAAUAUUAUGAAUAUAAAAGAGGGCAAUAAAAAUGGUAUGUAAAAUAUGUAUGAAGAAAAAGCUGUAUAAAGAUUUGCCCUAUGCACGGAACUCUGUUUCUAAGUGCCAAGCACAGAAAGCGCUAAAUAAAUCUUUGCAAUUGUUCCUUCUGUGUUCUUCUCUGUCUGUGAGGCUUCCUCAGUGGUUUUCUAGAGACAGACAUUUAAAAAAUACUGUCACAUGUGUUUGCACAACAGAAGGCGUGAAGAUGUGGUGCCAGAUUGUGAAGUCCAGGCAAUAUUGCAAUAAAAAUAAAAAUUCUGUCUUCUCAAGAAAUUUAAAAAA